CUCCCUGCAGGUCCCUCCAAACACCCCAGAGCUGGCUGAGGUCAGGCCUUACAGCUCCCGUGGCCUGAGUUGUGGCCUUGGGGGGCAGCACAGAAAUAGAGGUAGCCUAACAGGCAAGGGGAUGGUCCAGCUCAGGCCUCGUUGGGGGACAGUUGGGGGUGGGUGGUGGGAAGCCUCUGAAAGGACAGGCUGGGGCCUGGAGGAGAGGGAGGACAGUUUACUCCGCAGGCCUGUAACACUAAGAGUCCAGACACGGGGUCUGAGGACCAUGCACCACUGGGCUGCGGGGACAGAGAGCUGACUGAUUCUCUCAGAGCCUGGGUCAGGGGCCCCAGCCAAAAUGGGGUUGUGUUUUGCCUCCUGUCCUGGUCGCCCCCACCCCUUGGGCUUUCUCUCCAUCAGGCAGGGGAAACGCUCCUUUGCAGGACUGAAGGACGGUCCUUCACAGGUCUGUUCCCACCCCCUAAUGUGGUCCCCUUUCCCAGCCAACAGUCGCAUGAACUCUUGGGAAGCAACCUGGGGAGGCAGCCGGGCCUAUAAGCCUGUUGGGGUGCGCCUGCACGACAGCUGGGGCCAGGAUCGGGAAGCCCAAAAAGAGAGCCAUGGCAGAUCCUAGAACAGAGAUGCAAGAGGGAGCCAUGGCAGGUUCUAGAGCGGGGGUGUCGUCCAAAGGAGUCAGUGUAUUCUAGGCCCCGGCAGGCCGACAGACUGCGGUUGUUGCCAGAGGGCAGGGCCGGGCUUCGGCUCAGUGUCAGGGUCCCGCGGGCCUCCCGGAGCCUCCGGCAACCCUGCCCACGCCCGCCAGGAUCCUUCCCGGGUCCCGCCCCCCGAACCCCGCGCACCACACAGCGCAGGCGCGCAGACACGCCCAGCCGCCAGAGCAGCCUUCCAGUCCCGCCCCCGCCGUGCGUGCGUGGGCGGAGCCAUGAGGGGCGGGGUCUGCGUCGGGGCGGGGGUAGUGGGGGCGGGGCCGAACCUGGCCUAUAAAAGUGACGGCGACGCGGCCCGCCCGGCUCCUCUCGGCGGUGGCGGCCUUGGCGGAGGAGUCCGCGGUGGCGGCAACGGCGACGGCGGCGGCGCUGUUCCCCGCGCGGUCCGCGCAGCGGGCUCCGGGCUGCGCGUCUCGGGCGGCGGCACUAAGGCCCCGGCCGGAGCCCGACCCCGGGUCCCCUCACCGGCCGCCCCCCCGCCCACGGGCCGCCCCCCGGGCCCCGCGUCCCCUCCCCCGCUGGCGGGGCCCGGACAGAAGAUGGUGCAGAAGAAAACAGCCGAACUUCAGGGCUUCCACCGUUCCUUCAAGGGGCAGAAUCCUUUCGAGCUGGCCUUCUCCCUAGACCAGGCCCACCACGGGGAGCCUGACUUCGGCCUGGAGUGCCCGGCCCGCCCUGAUAUGCCCGCCAGCCAGCCCAUCGACAUCCCUGACGCCAAGAAGAGGGGCAAGAAGAAGAAGAGGUGCCGGGCCACCGACAGCUUUUCGGGCAGGUUCGAAGACGUCUACCAGCUGCAGGAGGACGUGCUUGGGGAGGGUGCCCACGCCCGCGUGCAGACCUGUGUCAACCUCAUCACCAACCAGGAGUAUGCCGUCAAGAUCAUUGAGAAGCAGCCAGGCCACAUUCGGAGUAGGGUUUUCCGGGAGGUGGAGAUGUUGUAUCAGUGCCAGGGACACAGGAACGUUCUAGAGCUGAUUGAGUUCUUUGAGGAAGACGACCGUUUCUACCUGGUGUUUGAGAAGAUGCGGGGCGGCUCCAUCCUGAGCCACAUACACAAGCGGCGGCACUUUAACGAACUGGAGGCCAGCGUGGUGGUGCAGGAUGUGGCCAGCGCCCUGGACUUUCUGCACAACAAAGGCAUCGCCCACAGGGACCUAAAGCCGGAAAACAUCCUCUGUGAGCACCCCAACCAGGUGUCCCCCGUGAAGAUCUGUGACUUUGACCUGGGCAGUGGCAUCAAACUCAACGGGGACUGCUCCCCCAUCUCCACCCCGGAGCUGCUCACCCCGUGCGGCUCCGCCGAGUACAUGGCCCCGGAGGUGGUGGAGGCCUUCAGCGAGGAGGCGAGCAUCUAUGACAAGCGCUGUGACCUCUGGAGCCUGGGCGUCAUUCUCUACAUCCUGCUCAGCGGCUACCCGCCCUUCGUGGGCCACUGCGGCAGCGACUGCGGCUGGGACCGCGGCGAGGCCUGCCCGGCAUGCCAGAACAUGCUGUUUGAGAGCAUCCAGGAGGGCAAGUACGAGUUUCCGGAGAAGGAUUGGGCCCACAUCUCCUUUGCUGCCAAAGACCUCAUUUCCAAGCUUCUCGUCCGUGACGCUAAGCAGAGGCUGAGUGCUGCCCAAGUGCUGCAGCACCCUUGGGUGCAGGGGUGCGCCCCGGAGAACACCCUGCCCACCCCCAUGGUCCUGCAGAGGAACAGCUGCGCCAAAGACCUCACGUCGUUCGCGGCCGAGGCCAUUGCCAUGAACCGGCAGCUGGCCCAGCGCGAGGAGGACGCGGCCGAGGAGGCGGGGCAGGACCAGCCCGUGGUCAUCCGAGCUACCUCACGCUGCUUGCAGCUGUCCCCGCCCUCCCAGUCCAAGCUGGCCCAGCGGCGGCAGCGAGCCAGCCUGUCCGCGGCCCCCGUGGUCCUGGUGGGAGACCACGCGUGACCCCCUCCUUCCCUCUGUACAUAGGCCGCCCCUCCCCCCCUCAAGUCUAAAGAUUUUUUUAAGCUAUUGCUCGCGGGUGACCAGCGGGCUGCCCUCCCCCGGCUGGAUUCCGAGGCGCUAAGCUCAGCUUGGGGGUCUUUUUAUAUAAGGUUUUUGCUGUUGGGUUUUUUUCCUGUUCCCCUCCUUUUUUUUUUUUCCUUUCAAUGGUGUUAAAUGCAGAGCAGGCGCCCGGGGAGGAGAGCGGAGGGCCUGUGGCUGGGUGGGGCCCUCCCGCUGCACCGGCCCGGGACGCGCCGGGUACUGUGAAGGCCGCUCCCCGCCGCCCGCGUGACUCAGGAGAGGAGGGCGUGGCGUCUCCCCGUGCCGGCGGGACCUCGCCGCCCCACUCCCCGGCCCUCACAGUGUUUUCAGGGACGGGUCGACCCCCACCCACCUCCUCUCGACGAGACGGUAGCUUCCUUCCCUCCUCUCAGACACCCUGGCGGCCGGGCGGGCCGGGGGCUUCUCAGGUCUCCCCUGUCGCAGGGCGGGGCCUGGGGUCGGGCGGGGUGGCGCCCCCCGCUGGAGCCCCCGCCGACUGACAAUCGGGGCUCCCUCGAACCUUGACCUUAAGCUGCGGCUGCCCGGGUCCCCUCCCCGGGCCUCUCCACUGGGGACUGCCCACCCGGGAAGGGGGGCGCCAGAGGAAGCGCGAGGAGCCGGACAGGCCCCCGUCAGCCGACGUGGGGGUCUCGCGGACCCCCGACCCGGGCACCCGAGUGCCCCUUCUCAGGGCUCAGUCUGACCACGGCCACGUCCUGCCCGGCCGCCCUUCGGGUCUGGCGUGGAAGCUCUGUCAGCCGCGUCCCCGGGGUCUCGCGGGACACCCCCCCCCCCAACCCCGCAGGGCGGCGUCUCUGUUCCGCCUACCUUCAGGAAAAGGCCGCAGCUGCCGUGCCCCUUUCGCCCGCGCCUGAGUCAGACGUCGCGUGACCCGCCGGGCUGGGGAGACUCUGACGCCCUUCGUCCUCGGGUGGGAGACUCUAUGCAAUUCACAGGCUUCCUUUUCCACGUGCACACGGGCUUCUGCCGGGGUUGGGGGCGCGGGCAGCCGCCCAGAUUGCCCUCCGGCUCCUAGCUGUUCGUCCUGUCUCGUUAGUUUUCCAGAACAUCAGCUGACUUCCCUGUUCUUGACGAAUACUUGAAUGUGGGGGGGGGGCGGGGCGGGCCUCGAGGCGUGGGGGGCUCGAGUGCCGUCUCUGCGGCCCCCCGAGUCUCGGAGAUUGUCGCCGUCCUUGGUGGCUGGUGGGGGGCCUCCGCCCCGCCCGCCCGCCGAUCUGUGGACUGGCCUUUCCAAAGACUCCGGGGGUGGGGAGGCCACCCCCCAUCAUUUCUCGCCCAUCAGUGAUUCCAUGUUUUGCAACCGAGGAUUCUGCCUUUUUGUAAAAAAGAAACAAACGGACUCUCGCCCGCUGCAGGCGCCAUGGCCAUUUUACUCCGGAAAGCUGAGCUGUGAGCAGCUUUUUUUUUUUUUUUUUUUUUUCCUCAAAGGUGGGACAGCCACUUCCUCCCCCACCCCUGUCACAACGACAGUGCGGCCCGGAGGACUGGUCAGAACCGUUACUGUGAACGAGCCUGGCGCUGGGGGGAAGGGGGCACAGCAGUGUUUCAACGUUAAGAUGUGUGAAAAAGACAAAAAAAAGAACUCAAAUUUUUUUAAAGUGG